UGGCUUUGCCUAACAGCCAAACACAACAAGUGGCAUGCGGGUACCGGAAACCACGCAUAUAUAUUAAUUCAAGAAAGCUUAGUGAGAUAAAGAGAAGUCACAGAAGGGGGAACGGGGGAAUUCAGGAGAGAGAAACUCAGAAAAGUCUCUGCACAAGAGCUUUUUGACUCUCUCUUUCUCUAUUCCCAUGGCGGACGAUCUCCUUCAUGUGUCAAUCCUUUCACAUUUCGUGUUUUUGGUUUUCUCGGUUGAGUUUUGACCACAUUUCCAAGCCAUCAUAUGCAGAAUCCCUAGGAUCAAAAUUAUUCCAGGGUGGUGUUAAGGAAGGGCAAUCUUCCUCUGCAUCAUGGGAAACUGCUGCGUGACUCCUUAUAGUCCGUCUGAAAAGAAGAAGAAGAAACACAAGAAUAAGCCGAAUCCAUUUUCCGCAGAUUAUGGUGUGAGUCGUGGAUCUUGGGGAACAAACAAGCUCGUCGUGUUGAAGGAUCCAGGAGGCCAUAACAUCAAGGAGAGAUAUGAUCUCGGGCGUGAGCUCGGACGAGGCGAAUUUGGGAUUACCUAUUUGUGUACUGAUGUGGAGACAGGGGAGAAAUACGCGUGCAAGUCGAUAUCGAAGAAGAAGCUAAGGACUGCAGUCGAUAUCGAGGACGUGAGGAGGGAGGUUGAGAUCAUGAAGCAUAUGCCUAAGCACCUAAAUAUUGUGAGCUUGAAGGAUACUUAUGAAGAUGAUAACGCCGUGCAUAUUGUGAUGGAACUGUGUGAAGGUGGCGAACUGUUUGACAGGAUUGUGGCUAGGGGGCAUUAUACAGAGAGAGCAGCAGCGGUUGUGAUGAAGACCAUCGUGGAAGUUGUUCAGGUGUGCCACCAACAUGGAGUCAUGCAUCGUGAUCUCAAACCAGAAAAUUUCCUUUUUGCAAAUAAGAAAGAAACGUCUCCUGUAAAAGCAAUUGACUUUGGGUUGUCAGUUUUCUUCAGACCUGGUGAACGUUUCAACGAAAUUGUGGGGAGCCCGUACUACAUGGCACCUGAGGUUCUAAAACGCAACUAUGGACCAGAAAUUGACAUUUGGAGUGCUGGAAUCAUCCUUUAUAUUCUGCUUUGUGGUGUUCCUCCUUUCUGGGCAGAGACCGAGCAAGGAGUGGCUCAAGCAAUUAUUCGAUCUAAUCUUGAGUUUAAGCGAGACCCUUGGCCUAAAGUUUCAGAUAGUGCCAAAGAUCUUGUAAGGAAAAUGCUUGAUCCCGAUCCUAGUCAACGUCUUUCAGCUCAACAAGUCCUUGAGCAUCCUUGGCUGCAAAAUGCAAAGAAGGCACCAAAUGUCUCCCUGGGUGAGACUGUGAAAGCAAGGCUGAAACAGUUCUCUGUGAUGAAUAAGCUCAAGAAAAGGGCUCUAAGGGUCGUGGCUGAGCACUUGUCCGUGGAGGAAGUGGCUGGAAUUAAGGAAGCAUUUGAUAUGAUGGACUCGGGGAAAAGGGGCAAAAUUAACCUUGAAGAAUUCAGAAUUGGUCUGCACAAUCUCGGCCAUCAGAUCCCUGAUGCUGAUGUUCAGAUUCUAAUGGAAGCUGCUGAUGUUGAUGGAGAUGGAACUUUGAAUUAUGGUGAGUUUGUUGCUGUCACUGUGCAUCUCAGAAAGAUGGCCAAUGAUGAGCACCUUCACAAAGCUUUUGCCUAUUUUGAUCGUAAUGAGAGUGGGUAUAUUGAGAUUGAAGAGCUCCGAGAAGCUCUGAGUGAUGAUGAUGAUGGCAACAACGAGGAGGUUAUCAAUGCUAUCAUGCAUGAUGUGGAUAUAGAUCAGGACGGGCGAAUAGGUUACGAAGAAUUUGCUACAAUGAUGAAGGCUGGUACAGAUUGGAGAAAGGCAUCGAGACAAUAUUCUCGUGAGAGGUUCAACAGUCUUAGCUUGAAGUUGAUGAAGGAAGGGUCUCUACAGUUAGCUAACGAGGGUAGAUAAAAGGCUUUGUAAGUGUUCCCCCCAACCACCCCCACCCCCACCCCCACCCCCCACGCCCCAGUUUUUUUGGCCGAGUUUUCCAUGUUUCUUUGUCGUUGUUACUGUUAUACGCUAGGGAUGAGGCACGCAAUGUUUCCGUAUACGCUUCUGUAGAGACUGAUUUUUCUGUAAAUAAACUCGUCAUUUUUGGUCUUCA